UGACACCAUGCAGGCCGUUGGCUUGGGGGAAAGGGGAAAGGCCGAUGGCAGAGAGUAACUGGGGAGCCCUGCCAUACUUAUAGGCGUGUGCCCCGUUCCUUGGCCGCCAUUCGAUAUAUUCGGAAGCAUUCAGUGUCUAGGUCUGAGACUGAGAAAACACACAAGUAUGGCACCGCUUUCGCCGCUACCUGCCGCCCUUUUCGGCGUGAUCCUUUCUGCCGUCCAGGUCGGAGCCCAUGGCAUUGCUACAGCCAUGGUAGUGUUUCCCACUGGGACUUUCUUCCAAGGAUAUAACCCGAGCUAUCAGUACGAAAACCCACCCCCGACUGUAGUUGGGUGGUCGAUCCCGCAAGAUCUCCAGAACGCUUUUAUUAGUCCGAGCGCAUACGCCACUCCAGAUAUCGUAUGCCACCUUGGCGCGACUCCGGCAGGCGCCGAGGCGCCAGUAACCGCGGGGGACAUCAUCGAGAUCCAGUGGACGCCGUGGCCGGAUUCGCACAAGGGGCCGGUUCUAGACUAUCUAGCCAACUGCAACGGACCAUGUACGAAUGUUGAUAAGACCAAACUGAAAUUCUUCAAGAUCGAUGAGGUCGGCCUCGUGGACCAAGCCACCGACGUCUGGGGCGCAACCCAGUUGACGAACAAUAACAACAGCUGGCUGGUCAGGAUCCCCACGGACAUCGCCCCAGGAAACUACGUCUUGCGGCACGAGAUAAUCGCCCUCCACGCCUCCGGACAGCCCAACGGAGCACAGAACUACCCCUCCUGCUUCAGCUUAGCCAUCUCGAGCGAAGGCACCGAGAACCCCGACGGCAUCCUCGCGACGGAGAUGUACAAGGCGGACGAUCCUGGUAUCCUCUUCGAUCUGUUCGGGAAGCGAGACGGAUACACAAUCCCCGGGCCACCGUUGUACUCGGGCGCCCUGUCCGUGGAGCAGACUAAGGGCGGCGCCAUCAAGGCCACGGCGUUGGGCAUCCCGAGCCUGGUUCUUGCGGCCACGGCGCCGGCGAGGGCCAAGGUGCGAGUCCCCGAUGCGGCGCCGACGUUGUUAAAAAUGCCCAGGAGGACCGAAGCCCCAAGGGUAUAGGGGGGAGACCGAGGCGGGCGGCGAACUGGGAGCAAUCAUCCCCUGAAGGGCGUCUUGGACGUUCCUGAGAUUAUGAGGAGCGGACUACGUCUGGGU